GACUCAAUGUGAAGUAGUACGACCAAUCAGAAGACACGAAUUACAGUCCACCUUCCUCUCGAGGGCUGGCUUGUAAGCUAAAAUUUUGCUCGAACUAUACCUUAAGAAACAACAAAAUCUUGUGAAUUUUUACGUUUUAUACCUGCACGAGGACUACCGCCCAACCUAGGAAAUGUGGACUUACUUAUUCUGCCUGUUAUUGACUGUGAAUGUGCUUAGCGGAUUUACGAAUGGAGAAAAGGAUCCAGAUGUAAAAAAAGGAGAUAGUGAAUUAUACUUUCUGAAUGACUCUCCGGGGGAUCAAAUUGAAGGAAGUGCUUUAGAUGAAGAAUUCACUGACCUUGAUCACUCUUCUGGAAGAGGGGUUGAUGAUGAAGAUGCACCAGGGUCUGGUUUUGGACCUUAUGAUGAGGAGGACGAGGAUGAAGAGGAGGAUGAAGAUGAUGCAGGAUCAGGUGGACUAUCUCCUCUGGAACAUCCACAGAAUCCUGUUAAAACAACCACUAUGUCCACUACUACAACUGUUAGGUCAAGAAUGGAUAAGCCAAAAUAUCCAUCAUUGCCUGAUGAAGAGAAUAGAAUCCCUGAUGCAUUAGAACCUGUGACUCAUGAAGCUACGACUAGACACAAUAUUCCUGAAGUUGUGCCUACGAAAUUCACAGAUUCUAACACACAGAGCAAUGAUGUUUCCAUCAUGGGUCAGAAACAAGAAGAAAGGCAGACUUCUUUCUUUGGUCAGCCUGGAAUACUUGCUGCUGUUAUCGGUGGUGCUGUCGUAGGCCUUUUGUGUGCCAUACUCUUGGUCAUGUUUAUUGUGUACCGCAUGAGGAAAAAGGAUGAAGGAAGCUAUGCACUGGAUGAGCCUAAGCGAUCCCCUACGGUCAAUUCAUACACACGUAGCAGCAACAAGGAGUUUUAUGCUUAAGAAAGUGUGUCAAACCACAAAACUUCCACUGUUGGACAUACAUUUUUUAAUUUAGAUAAGUUGCGAGGAGAGGACAGAUUGCAAGAAAUGAAGAAGAGUCCUCUUUUUUAAGUCCUCUCUCUCUAUCUCUCUCUGGGCACGACACAGCAGGAACUCUUUUUUUAAUAAAUUAAAAGGAAAAAAAAAUGUAACAGAAAAAAAAAUAAUCUGCUGUCGUCGUUGCAGAAUUUUGCACAGAACCAAACAAUGCCAUUGUCAUUUUAUGUUUCAUUUUGUUUGUUGUUUGUUAACUAUUUGGACCUCAGUUUACUUUUUUUAAAAAUAUAUCUGCGCGUGUCUUUUAUGUUGCUAAUCACUCUUCUACUGUGCAUGUGUGUAGUUACACUGUCAGUGAGUUGAAAUCCCUUUACUCCCCCACAACAUCUCCCCCCUGCAGCACUCUACCUAGAGUGGCACCAUACUUUUCCAAGCAUCUGUCGUGUUAUAUAGAUGUCGUAGAUGUGCAUUAUGUAUAACUGGACUUACCCCCUUUUUCCAGUGUAGUGUGGGGUGACUGCAGUAGCAGAUUUCAUGUGUUUACUGUAUCUCUUCUCUAUACCAGUUCUUUCAAUGUUUUUGCAGGGAAUCUAUACAUAAUGAAACAAUUUUUGAUAUCAUAAAUGGAGGGAUGUUCGGAAUUCAGUGCGAAUGUUUUUGGCAUACUUGUAAAUUUAAGAAAUGAGAACAGAUCAUUGUAAACCUAUUUCAUAAAUGUAGAUUUUGAUGGUCAAGUCACCCCUCAAUAGUUAAUUUUUGAAACAAAGUUGCUUAAUUCUUUUUUUUUCUGGGCUUCUAAUUUGCAUUGUUGACAAAUAUACUGCAUGGAAUGAUUUUCUAAUGAUACCUUAACAUUCCACACUUUGAAUGUAGAUUAAACCUUUUUCGGAUAACUUAUCUAUUGAAACGAAAAACUUGUCCAAAGCAUCUCCGGACCGUUUUACAUUUCUGUCGUCAUUUCAAAACCAACUGCAGCAGCGUAUAUUGUGCAAGUUUUCUACCGAGUUUUUUGUCAGCAUUGAGCAUUAUGUAUCGAGGUGGUUUAUUAAUAAGGCCCACCUUUCGAUUCUUCUGGAAAUGAGAAAUCUGCUCAUUUUUUUACUAUCUUGUAAUUGUUAAGUAUAUACUACAAUUUCACCAUUUUGAGGUCUUUACAGCCCUAUCAUUUCUUUACUCAAAUGGGCUUCUAAUCAAGCUGCAGGCGACAGAUUAUAUGUGUUUCAUUUACAAAAAUAAAAAAAAAUAGUUGCUUUAUUGUAUUUUAAAUAUGAAUUUGUUCCGGUAUUAAUCGAUUCUGCUUCAACCGUUCACCUCUUAUUUUAUUGUUAAUAUAAGAAAAGAUUGCUUAAUAAUUAAAGUUGUUAUUGUGUAUAAAACAUUUUUUGUGCCAAGUAAAAAUAAUGUAUAAAUUAUUUAUUCUUUGUCUGUUUCUGUAAUUUUUAAGUUAACUUCUGAAUGUUGUAUUGCUUUUUUGUUAAAAAUAAUUUUAUUAUAUGGUAAAUAACGAUGAUUGCUAUAAGGGGCUUGAAUAAGAAUAAUUUCGUAACUUUCCCAUCUGGUCUAUAACUUAUAUCAUGUAUAGUUUCAAGCCAGAUUUUAUGUAGAUAAAUUUAUUUUAUUAAUAGUUAUUUAAAUAUUAAACUCACUGACUCUUUAAAUCUUCACGAUUUUGGUGGGUUUCUUUGAACAGUAUAAAUAUGUAUUUGCUUUCUGUAAACUUUGCUAUAUUCGUUGCUGUAUUCUAGCCUGCAUUGUUUUGCAAACUUGUAAUUAUAUGCAGUUUUUAAUUUAAAUUGUCCCUUAACAUUUAUUUAAUUGAAUUUAGGGUAAACUAUUUGCAUUUAUGGUUGAUUAAUGUGUUGUUAUUUGAAUGAUUUUUAUGUUGUAAAUAACUAAUCAUUAUAACUUUCUUAAUGUUUGAUAUAUUAGUAAAAUUUUAUUCAGGAAGCUCGAAAUAUUUAACCGUUUGAUUAAGAAUGAAUUUGUAUAGAAAAUGUGGAUGUUUAUUUAAUAUUUUUUACCCGUUAUUGCUUCAAAACAGUAGUUAAAAUCUAUAUCAGAAUCAUCAUUUUUUUUUUCUCAAAUCGACAUUAAUUUAAGGUUAUACAUUUAUAAGUCAGUCCUUCAUUAUGACUUUUCAUUAUUUUAAUUUUGGUGGAAUUGAUAGAAUGCUUACAAAAGAUUUUGCUAGCAUGAUCUCGUGUCAGUUAGAAGAACAUAACAGUUUCGUUAUGUCUUUGUAUUUACACGUCUUUUUGUAACAGAGUGAGAAUGUAAAGAAAAAGUGCGAUAAAAAAUUUUUUUUGAGUGUGAUAGUGAAAGACCAAAAGCUUGAAUUUUUGUUACGAUUUUCAUAAUUGACAGAAUAUUGAAUGUAAUGUUAGUAAUUAAUUUAUAAUAAAAUUUUAUAUGUGUAUAAUAAUUUUUUUGAAUUAGUGAGCAUAUGAACAGUGUGUGUUUUCUAUGGUAAUUGUGAGUCUUGUGAAUUUAAAUAAGUUGUCUCUGCUACCUAUCUGAAAUUUGCAAGUUAAUUUUUGUCCUGUUUUUAUUUGAAGCCAUUUUAGAAGUAUUUCUGAAUUCUAUAGUACUGUAGAACUUGUUAUGAGUGAUUUAAGUUGCAGUUUAAUUUUCACUUUUAAGUCACAAGUUUUUACCCAGUACUUGAAAAAUAACUCAUUGCCAUCUGCUUAUUAUUAUUAUUUUUUUUUUUUGUAUCUUAACAUUUUAAAAAUUCCUUACCUGUAUAUCUGAAGAAUCCCCCUUUUUAAAGGUUUCCUGUGUGAAGCACAAGGGCUGUUAAUAAUAUAGCACAAAUUUUCCAUCUUGUAAUUCACAGUUAAUGUGUCAAAAUUAUGUAAGUGGUGUUUUUGCAUGUUUAGAACUUAUUGAGUACUUUUAACUGUAUGGCACAUGCAAGGUACAUUGUACAGUUAGGUAUGAUGCAUGCUUUUUGAAGUAUUAAAAAUUACUUGGAGAUACUCUCAUUUUUUUAAAAAAAAGUAAUAAUAAUUACAGAUAAUAAAAAUAAAUUGUAAAAUUUUGCAAUUCUAACAUAUUUUUAUUUUAAAAUACCCCAUUUUGCCAUUUAAAAUCUUUAGCCGUACCAUUUGUUUAAAAGUGAGAAUUAGCAUCAUGUUCCUAUAUUUUUUUGCAUUUUUUUAUUUUUCAUCCAAUAACUUGUUUAAUGUUUAAUCAUCUGUAGGCUUUUUUUUUUCCAUCACUAUGUAAUUAUUAUAUGUUUGAUUUACCUUAACUGGCAUUUUUUUUAGUACUGAUUAUUUUUCCUAGGGUAGUUAUAUUUAGUGCUCCUUGUUUACCUCUUAUAAAUAUAUUAUAUGUUUAAUUGCUUUUUGUUUAGAUAUAUCUUAAUUAAAAAGUCAUUUAUGUAAAGACUGAUCAUUUUUAAUUGAAUUCUUAUGUUGUUAGAUGAAACUUACAAGUUUACCUCUCAUGGAUAUAUAAAAUUCUGUCCAAUAAUAUUAUAAAAACAAGUUUAACUGCUAAAUUACAAUCUGCAUUUUUUUUGUGUGUGUGUAUGUUUUAAUUAGAAUAAUCUUCAAAUGAUUUUUCUGUGUUUUUUGCAUCUUCAUAUAUUUCAAUAAUGCAUUUUAUAUUUUAUUAAAUAGAAACCUAAAUUGAACUAAAACUUCUAAACAAAUCCAUCCUUUGCAAAAGUUUUAAAUGUGUAAUUUCGAAAGCAAGCAUAUAGAGCUGUAGUGCACAUUUGCCUGUACUAUACUUUUAUUAUUCUCAUUUUUAUUUUUUAUCUAUACAUAUUUAAUUCUGUAGAAUGGUGAAGAAAAUAGUGUAAAAUGAGCGUUUUUUAUACCAAAUAUAUUUUAAAUGUUUUGUAUUACAAUGAACCACCUGCUUGCCUGGGAAAAAAUCAUAUCGUACAAAUAAUUCCAGAAUUUUGUGUGACUUAAUCUCUGAUAAAAGAAAAUA